AUGGCUGCUCAACAAGUAAUUUGUAUUGUUUAUUACAAUGGUUCAAUUGUUGAUGGAGUUGAAGGAAAAACAUUCGUAAGUGACUAUAAAAAUGCGUUCAAAGUACAUUCGGGAAGCAACUUUGCUCGUCUAAAGAAUGUCAUUAGAAAAAAAUUACAGCUCGGUGACAACGUCACGAUAAGUGAUAUAGUUUAUCGACACCUUGUGUUUUUUGGUGAAAAUACAACAAGGUUUGAACUCAUGAAGAUUUGUGACGAUGAAGAUGUUGAGUUUAUGUUUGAUGUUUAUGCACAGUGGUCACAACUCGGCACCAUCGAGUUAUAUGUUACCUUUGAGUCUGCUCCUCCAUCAACAAACAUUGAUCAACCAUCAACAUCAAACAUACCUUAUCAACCCGACUUAUAUUCUCCAUCACAAUACUAUGAACCAUCACAACACUAUGAACCAUCACAUCACUAUGAACCAUCACAACACUAUUUAAGUGAUUAUAGUGAAGAGGAUGAAACAUACUUCGAUGAAUCAUCUGAUAAUUCUGUCGAUGACAUUGAUGGUGACGAAGAUAUGGAAGCAGAAGAUCAACCUAUUCUACCUGAUUUCGAUCCACCAUCUCACCUGAAGAGCAUCAAUUUAGAUACUCAACAAAAAUCAAAUGAAUUUGAUCACUUGCUCAUUAACGAAGUCCCAACAGUAGAUGGAACUCUUGCGGUUGGAAUGAAGUUUCAUAACAAAGAUGAAUGUGUACAUGCAAUCAAGUGUUACCAUUUAAAACAAUCAUCGAAUUUUGUGGUACAAAAGUCAGAUUUAGAAAGGUAUGCCAUUUAUUGUUCAGAUCCAAAUUGUUUGUUUAGAUGCAAAGCUUCAAAACGCAAAAAAUGUGAAUUGUGGUUUAUUGGUAAAUUGAAUGUGUCUCAUACAUGCACAAAUUCUGCAUUGUCACAAGAUCAUGCGAAGCUCAAUUCUAACAUAAUAUGUCAAAGCAUAAUGCAAGUUGUGAAAGUGGAUCCUUCAAUCAAAGUGAAGGUAAUUGUUGCUCAGAUUCGGGUUUUACAUAACUACACAUUUAGUUAUAAAAAGGCCUGGAUGGGAAAGAAUAAAGUGAUCGAACAAAUUUAUGGUAAUUGGGAAGAGUCUUACAAUCAACUCCCACAACGGUUGUUGGUUAUGAAAACGUUUGCUCCAGGAACUAAAAUAGAAAUGGAAACCAACCCAGCUUAUCAUGAGAAUAGUUUGAUAAAUGGGAUAAGGAUUUUUCAUAGACUAUUUUGGGCUUUCGUUCCGUGUAUAUCUGCGUUUAAAUUCUGCAAACCAAUAGUACAAGUUGAUGGGACUUGGCUGUACGACAAGUACAAAGGAACUCUAUUGGUAGCAGUUGCACAAGAUGGGAACGACAACGUAAUUCCUAUUGCUUAUGCUAUUGUGGAAGGUUACUCGAUCAACGAGCCUACAUAUCGAUACUACCGUAGAGAAAUCGGCAUGCUAAAUCCGGAGGCUUUGAAAUGGUUAGACAACAUACUUCGACAAGAUUGGAGUCAAGCAUUCGUUGGAGGUAGUCGUUGGGGUCGAUGA